AUGCUCCACGAAAUCCUCUUGGCGUUGGGUUCGGGUAGUCCAUCACCGCUUUUAUAUCCCCAGUCUCACAAGGCUGGCGCGGGUCACGGGCUCCUGCAGAGCUUCCUCUCUCCUGCAGAGCAGGCCUUGCUGCAGUCCUUAGCUCACAAUCUUGGUGACAGGAAUAGGAAUAUCCGGGACAAUGCCUCAGCCAUAUCCUCAAUUCACCCAUCGACAGUCUGCCGCGCCGUAUCGACAGCUAUCAUCUCCAUAUACCUUGCGAAUUUUCAACAAAAAAUCUUGGAGGUGGAACAAGAAAUACUGAGAGAAGAUGCACGCAUCGUCGGUGCCCACAAUAUUGUACCACUGUCCGCCAUUGUUGGGGCAUUUGAUGGAUGGAGUCGAAAGCUUGAAUGGCUCUGGAAGCUCGUACAAUACAUCCAGGCACCUGCGCCAGGAGAAGCACAGCAUACGCGAUCGAAGCAUGAAAGCCGCACGGCGGCUGAGCUCAUUGGCCAUCUCAGAGAAUCUACACACACCGGAUACCCUGACAUCGAGGCGAUCUCUCUUGAUCUAGUGAGAGUGGCAGAGACUGCGUGGCUCAAGCAAACUUCUGCAUGGGUUCUCUACGGUCGACAUCCAGCCUACGGGGCUGGGGACUUCUUCAUUGCUCGUCAUGCAGCUAGCAUGAGCCAGACUGAAUUACCAUGGGAGUAUUGCGUCCAAGACAGCCUGGUCCCUUGCUUCGUCACUCCACACACAGCGCACUCAAUCCUCUUCAUCGGCAGGUCUCUUAAUCAUAUUCGAGAACGACAGUCAUCCUUCUCAGAUGGCUCCUCUAAGGCGGCUGCUCCAGAGCUCGCGCUGCUUUCCAACCACCUCGCGCAUCUCUCGUCACUGGAAUUUCCCCUCAGUUCUUCCAGCUUUUCGACCGCCAUUGGAGCAAUUCGGCUUUCACUGUCCCAAAACGCACUGCAAAAAUUACUACCAUUGACUAAGGUUUUGGAGAUGCUACAAAUACUGAAAGAAUUCUUCCUUCUUGAACGGGGGGAAUUCGCCGUGGCCCUCCUCACUGCCGCCGACGAGCGUCUUACAUCUAGAAAUCAAGCCGUAAGAUCUAAGCAGAACCUAGUCAAUGAGCUGGCCAGCAUGACCAUCAAGGAGGGAGAAGUAUCUGCCGUGCUGGCUCGAGCUUGGACCGCUUUAGCGUCGUACCAGAGUCUUGACGACGAAGAUGUGGAUGAGGAGCUUGAUCAGGCUCGGGAACUCAUCCGCCUGUCUAUCAGAACAGUGGAUGCAGACCAUACUUCUAAGCCUUCGUUGGCUUCUUUCAAUGAUCUUUUGCUGCCUGCACCAACAAUACUAACCCUUCGUGUGCCGUCUCCAUUAGACCUUUUCCUUUCUGCAUCUGAUGUCGAUACUUAUUCUCACAUUCAUGCCUAUCUUUUAUCGAUCCGAAGAGCACAUCUUCGCCUCAGUAAGCUAUUCUUGCUGUCGGUCCUUCGGAGAGACCAUCCAUGUCCGAAGGCGCCAGAAUCUCUGGAACACCACCAUGCUUUUGACGUAAUUGCCCGGAUGAGAACCCGAGCAGGUUACCGUGGGAGGAUUCUGCGCCCUAUCUGGGCCACAAUUGCCUCCGCAGCCUUUUUCCUUGCGGAACUCGGAGAAUUCUUUCAAGGAGAAGUUGUGAGGAGUUCUUGGUCAACAUUCCAUCGAUGGCUGAUGCCAACUUUGCCUCACGACCUGCGAUCUGUAAAUGACAGUUUCAUGUCCUCAAUUGGCUCGAGUGGACGGUCCCGUAGCCCGAGGCCAACUUCUUCACAACCGGUUCCAGAACCAGCAGCGAGGUCCUUCCAGGAUCCCGAGACUCUGACGCAAGCACACAAACGCUAUCUAGCAUCCCUUGAAAAAGCACUCCUACUCCAUGACCCAACCUUUACCACGGCGUUGCGUAGAUUCAUGACAUCCAUAGAUCAUAUGUCGGCCUUGAUGCAGCGUCUCGAUACCAUCCAGCGGAACAUGGACUCAGACACGCAGAACGAAGUCUCGAUUGCGACGAACUACUUCGCCGCGGAAGAAGAGAGACUAGUGCUUGACUUGAAGGCUUCUCGUGCUAAGGUCGCUAGCGGCGUACAGGCUUUGAUAGAGGCGUUGCGGGCCAUCGAUGUCGCAAGAAGUGCCGAACGGAACUACCGUGGCGACCAGGGGCUUAUGCAACAUGAUGGAUUUGUCCCAUGGACUGGCGGCGACGUUGAUCGCUUGCUUUUGAAAUUGGAUUACGGCAACGUGCAAAACCUGGCAUGA